GUGAGGUCGUGUUGGAUGGGCGUGUGCGUUGUAUACGAGAUGGGUUGGUUCUGGAUUGAGCUACUUUUGGUCUGUGUCUCUUCAACACUCACUGAAAACAUAGCUUUGCGGAGAUUUAGCAGCCAGAGUAGCACUGUCUGGAAUCAAAGAGAUAAGUAUAGAGCAAGACUUGGAGUAGACGGCAGAGCCACCACAAAUGUCACGAGUUUGCCAUGGACAUGUGCUCAUACAGGGCAAGAGAUAAAUCCCACCUGGACUGUGAACCUGAACACUUCAGUUCCAGAGAAGAUACACCACAUCAGACUCUAUAUCCGUGACAGGCUUCAAGAGAGAAGCAACGGCAUGGAGAUACUUGUGGGCAGCCAGAUGUGCUACAACUGGUCAUCAACUGAACAUCCUCCUCCUAUAGCUAACGUCACCUGCCGCCAGCCACUGACAGGCAAAACGGUCACUAUACGGAUACCUGGUCAACAGAAACUCCUCACUUUGUGUGAAGUACAAAUAUUUGUUUGCAGUGACGGAUGGUUUUCUGAAGAUUGUGACAAACAGUGCCGGUGCCUUAACAGUACUGAUGUAUGUGACAAGAUCACUGGUCGCUGUUCCAGUGGAUGUUUCCCUGGAUAUCAUGGUACUGAUUGCCAAACAGCAUGUACAGAUGGUUCUUAUGGUAUCAACUGUGCCUCACAGUGUGGGAACUGUCUGGAUGAUGUCAGCUGUGACAAGGCCACGGGAACAUGUCCUGACGGAUGUGCAGCAGGAUGGAUAAAUGACACCAUGUGCCAACGCCGUGAGUCACAAUCUUGA